AUGGAUAGUAAUAGCAAGCGUCAAGCGAUAUUGGAAAUACAGUUGCUGUACCAUUCCAGCUACUAUACCUGUAGCAGUUUCAUUACAGUUAAACUUGCUAAGGAGGAAUCAGGCAAGUGGGGUAAAACGGAAAGGAUGAUGACGGCAUACCGGCUUGGAGUAGGGGAAGAAGAGGGGAAGAAGAACAUAGGAUUUGCAUAG